AUGAUUGAUGAUGAUUAUUCCCCUGUAAUAUUUUAGCAGUUGAGUACAUAUUCCAACUAGAAAGAUUGUACCCCAGCAGAAAUUACAAUAGAGAACUGAAUGGGAUUCACAACUUCAAAAUAAUUUAAACUUUUCCCAUCUGUUUUUCCUUCAAUCACAAGCAAACAACCAGCAGCUGCUAUAACAUCAUCAAAAAACUAUUAUCCACUUGCUCACCUUAUAUGUAAACCUUUCACCAAACAUCACCCUCCUUUGCUUUCAUCCCAAUAGUCCACUAACUUUUUUCCAUCCCUUUCCCCUUUUUUUUUAUACCAGUGGUGUUUGGGCCACCUUGCGCGCACUUUGACUAAUUGCGUGGGAUAUGUGUUACCUCCCACCAACACAAGUAUCGAGUAACUAUCCACCAAGGCUUGGAUAGAUGGGAAAAAAAUCACCUAGUAUUUUUACUACUGCUAGAAUUUGAACUUGAAACCUCAUGAUUCUCAAUUCAUUUCCUUUCAUCCCAAUACCCACUAACUUUUUCUCUAUCCUUUUCCCUUUUGUAGUUUUCUUAAUUGCUUUAGAGCAAGAAAUUUACACCCUCAUUAUAUAAAUGGUGCAGUCUCCUUUUGCCACCACCAGAACAACUUCAACUUAAGCUUUAAGUAAAAAGGAAAAGCACAAAAAUGAAACACAACUUAGUGUCACCCUUUCUCUUCUUGUUUCUCCAAUGCAUUGGCAUUUUGGCUCAAGGUCCAUCUCCAUCUCCAAUUCCACCACCUGCUCAAGCUUCCGCUCCUGCUCCGGGACCACCUGGCCCUACUAAUGUGACAAAGAUCCUAGAAAAGGCAGGACAAUGUUCGACGUUUAUCCGGUUGUUACAAACCACUGAAGAAAUCAGCCAAAUUACCUCAUUACUCAACAAUUCCAACAGCAUCACUAUCUUUGUGCCACCAGAUAAUGCAUUUUUGAGCAUGAAAGCUGGGACUUUGAAUUCCUUUAAUGCUCAACAGAAAUCAGAACUGAUCAAAUUCCACAUUCUCCCUCAAUACUUCUCACUUUCCCAGUUCCAAACUGCUAGCAACCCGGUCCAGACACAAGCCGGUGGAACCAGUAACCGCGAAUUCCCUAUCAACAUAACAACAAAUGGGACUUCAGUGAAUAUAACAACUGGAAUUGUCAAUGCAAGUAUCUCUAAUACAAUUUACAUUGAUAGCCAACUAGCUAUUUAUCAAGUGGACAAGGUUCUUCUCCCAUUGCAAUUCUUUGUACCGCCAGCACCGACACCCGCUCCUUCACCACCAAACCCGAAAAAGAAAGAUGAUUCGUCGGAUUCUGACUCUGCUUCCUCUGUAUCUUCUGGUGCAAUCAACUCGCCCCACGGCCUUCUCUUCUUUUUGGCUUUGUUUUCUUUUGUAUAUUUGAGCUAAUAAGUUGAAGUUGCUGUUAUUAUGCAUGCAGUGUUGUGAUUUCAUUUAAUUGUAAGUUUGGGUAUUGCCAUUUAAUUGUAGUGCUUGCAUGCAUGCAUUGUUGUGAUUUCACUUAACUGUAAUUUUGGUCUUCUGCCAUUUAAAUUUGGUUUGGCUUUACUCUACCAGAUUUUCAGUAAGAA